AUGGACCCCCUGACGGCUCUCAGUACGGCAUCGGCUGUGGUUCAGCUGGUAGAUUUUGGCAGGAGGAUCCUCGAUGAUACCCACGAGCUGUACACCCAAGGCCGCCUGGUGACGCUCCAGGAGUUGAAGACCACCACCCAGGAUCUCGUGCACGUCAAUCAUCUGCUCGCCCACCGACCGCAACCAGGGGACAACGCGGCGAGCCCCAUAUCCGAUGCAGAGCAGGCACUGGACCAGCUCGCUGCCGACUGCAGCGAAGCGGCAAAGGAGCUGAUCGCCUGCCUGCAAUCCCUGGACGCCGACGUCGGGAUUGGACGCUGGCGGAGCUUCUGCCAGGCGGUUCGCAGCCGGUGGACCCUGCGCCAGAUCCAGGACAUGGAAGCGCGGAUCCGAGUAUUUCGGGAGCAACUCACGAUUCGCGUCCUGGCAGUGCUAAACACCAGAACCGCCCUCCAGGUGACGCGGCAGGAGGAGCGGUUCGACCGCCUGGACCAGUCGCACGCGGACGUGGUCGACGUCGUAGCGAUCAACCGGCAGCGGCUGGAGUCAACCCUGCGCACUGACGUGUCCGGUCUCGCCCAGGAUAUCGCCCAGGGGGAGGCGCAGGCCCAAACCCGCCAUGACGAGGUUAUCGCGGCCAUCCUCCACCUCCAAGAUGGGAGUGCGAAGGUCCUCACGGGCGGCCUGGUCGAGCGACCCUCCCACCUGCCCGCGCACGAGACAAUCAUGACGCUCCAGAAACCGGUGCUGAACCACGUCGAUUUCCGGGUGCAGGAUUUUGGGGUAGUGCAGUCCAAGGUGCUCGACUGUCUCCAUUUCCGGCAGAUCGAUCACCGCUACGAUACCGUGCUCGACGCGCAUCGGGAUACCUACCAGUGGAUCUACCAGAGUCCCGAGAUUGACGGCAAGCCGUGGAGUAACUUCGUCCAAUGGCUUGAGCAGGGCCACGGCUGCUACUGGGUGAAUGGAAAGGCAGGAUCCGGCAAGUCGACCCUCAUGAAGUUCAUCCACAGCCAUCCGCGGACGGCACGAUCGCUCGCGGUGUGGGCCGGCAACCACGAGCUGGUGCGGUCGACCUUCUUCCUCAGCAAUUUGGGUCACUGGCUGCAAAAAUCUCCAGCGGGCCUCAUCCGCACCCUGCUUCACGACGCCCUCAACCGUCAUCGUCAUCUGAUCCCGCUGGUGGUGCCGGACCUGUGCCGGGCGGCCGCGAAACUGGAGCCCACCGAGAGACUAUCCGAGCCGACGUUCGCCGAGCUGUCCAAGGCAUUCCAGAACCUCAUCCGCAGCGACAGUGCGAACCUUCGGAUCUGCUUUCUCAUCGACGGGGUGGACGAAUGCGAGGGGGACUACUCAGAGAUUCUGAACCUGGUCGCGUCGGCGUCCCAAUCUCGCCAGAUCAAGAUCAUUGUGUCCAGUCGUCCCAUCCCGCCGUGCGUGGCGGCGUUCUCGGGAUCCGCAAGCCUGCGACUGCAGGAUCUCACCUAUGAUGACAUUGGGUUGUACGUCGAGGAUAAGCUCCUGCAAGAACUGCAGCGGCGGAUCGGAGAGCACGCGCCAGCGUUGGUGCUGGAGAUCGUCGAGAAAUCCUCGGGCGUGUUCUUGUGGAUUGUCCUCGUGGUCAGAUCCCUGAUACUUGGGGUGCAGAGUAUGGACCGCAUUGACGACCUGCAGCGCCGGGUCGACGAACUGCCGUCCGAUCUCACGGAACUCUACUCGCACAUGCUGCAGAGGAUAGAUCCCCUCUAUAAAACGCAGGCGUGGGAACUCUUCCAGCUGGUCCUCAACAGCGUCAGGGCAGAUGGCGGUCGGGAACCCACCACCUUGCAACUAUACUUCGCGGACCAAGGUCCGCUCGUGGCAACAACCGCGCCGAUCCGCACGAUCCCAACUGCGGACGAGUCCCGACUGGUUGAGGAAAUGGAUGGCCGCAUUCGAAGCCGGUGCUGCGGAUUGCUGGAGAUCCGAGACCAGAAGUACUCUAGAGGAAUCAUGUCCACCAUCCAUAGGCCGACGGUCGCCUUUCUGCACCGGACGGUCUUUGAGUUCCUCACGGAGCAGAUCGACUCGAAGGAUUGGCUAGGACGGGCCCAGGGGAACCCCGACUUCGAUGCCCAUCUGUCCCUGGCCUCCUCGUGUCUCCUACUCGCCAAGUCGUUGCCCCGGGAGUGGACAGAGAAUCCUGAUUCCCUGCAAUGGCAGAGCAUGCAGGCUUGUCUACACCACUGCUCCAUGAUCGAGCAGCAACAUGCCAUCACCACGGACCUCCUAGACGAGUUAAAUCGUACCAUACCACAUCAGCUCGCACAUCUUCUCGCCAGACCAUGGAGUCCGGAAGGCAAGCAUGGCAUAAAACGGUUCUGGGCUGCUGCACCGCCUUUCGGCGAAAGGUUGCCCUCCGACUCCUUUCUAUCACUCACCGUGACAUGGGGUCUAUCAUUCUACCUGCAAGAUGAGCUGGAUCGUAACGAAAACGACACCCGACGGCGGGAGGACCUCCUCCGGCUCGCCGUCCGGAGCUUUGUUCUGAUGUGGACCGAUCUUUCAUCCCCCUCCCACCCCUUCUCCUCGUCCGGACCAGCGCGAAUGAUGGGAUACGCAGGGAUCAUCUCAAUCCUCCUGGAGAGUGGAGUAAGCCCCAACGGUGGGACGAGCGAUCCCAAUGGCAGUAGCCCGUGGGAAUGUCUUCUACAGCACUUCAACGAUCUCCUACUACACCACCGCCAUACUUUCCUCCAGAAUGCCAGCCAAGAGGGGGGGUACACGCGAACGUUCCUAGACUUGCUAGUGGUCAUGGUCGUGUCGGCGGCGGCGCCCAACGCUAGUGUCAUUUGGAAAACAAAAAGCUAUCGCGGUGUCGAACAUGUGGUGGAAUUCCGACGGUCCGCGUUACGUAUUAUUGAGCUGCUGCCGUCCGACGAGGCCGCUGAUUUUCCCCCCAGUAGGCUGCGGAGCGCAGUGUCGAUCAAUCACCAGCCGAUUGCGCAGUAUCGAACACGACUGAUCCGCAUGCUGCGAGAUCGAGGGGCUCGACUGGAGGAGUGGACGAGUGCCGGCUCUUCGGGAGGAGCAGAAAACCGGCCAGCCAGCAAGGAGGAUGCCCCGCUCAUUGGCUCGCAGACAACGAAGAAAAGGCCUUGGAAACGGAUGGUGAGAGCCUUUCGAAACUUGAAGGUCGAGUAG